CUGAGGGCAGGCAUCUGGUGAGCAAGCUAGUGAAAUGUUGCUCGCACAAAAGAGAAGAUCUGCACAAACCCAAAAACUUAUUUUACAUCCAAAAUGUAUUUUUUUAUGCGCUCAAAGAACUUUCUUUUUUGCGAGAUGAAAAUUUUCUCCAAAACACUCAGUUCCACUUGCAGAAUCGACCAAUUGGACAAAUCACUAUAGAUUAGCAUCUCGCAAAGGAGGGGUUUGGAAAAUAAAUUGCUGAGCGAAUCGUUUGGGAGCCGUUGAGCAAAUAAGACACGGAAGAGAAGAGAAGACUAUUUUUGGACGAAAAUGUAUUUUCGAUGCUUCAAAAAAUUCUAACUGACCCUCUGAUGUCACAUGGACUACUUUGAUGAUGUUUUUCUUACCUUUCUGGACAUGGACAGUAUACCGUACACACAGCUUCAAUGGAGGGACUGAGAGCUCUCUGACUAAACCUAAAAUAUCUUAAACUGUGUUCUGAAGAUAAACGGAGGUCUCACGGGUUUGGAACGACAUGACGGUGAGUUAUUAAUGACAUAAUUUAGAUUUUUCGAUGAACUAACCCUUUAAAGGGUACAAAACGUAAACAGUUUCACCUAAUCUCAUAAUAAUCUUGAGUACCUAUAGAGUAGUACUGCAUCCUUCAUAUAUCCAAAAAGUCUUUAGUUUUAUCAUAUUUCUAAAAGAAAAAUACAGCUUUCCAAUUCUUUCCGGAAAAAGGCGAGCUCCUGGAGGCGUGAUAAGCUAUUGUGAUAAGCUAAUGUGAAGUCUGUGAGAUUUUUCAAAGCAUCCUAUUUUGUUUUAUUUAUUUCGUUUUGUAUUUAUUUUGUUCAAAUUAUCUAGCUUUAAAAAUCAUUAAAAAGAUUUUAUUAAUAUCAAUCACAACUCAUCAAUCAUGUCCAUAUAUUUGACUGGUGGUGGUGUCAGUAUGGAUGUUAAUCCUAUUUCUGUAAAAUGUUUGUGAAAAUUAAAUUUAACGUAAAUCUCCCAAGAUAUUCCGUACAGAUACCAAAUACUUUGACAAUCAAUAUACUUGAUACACUUCUGCUAAUGCAAGGAUUUUGUGUUUAUAUUUUUUUCCACACCAAGCCACGCCCCUCCAUAAACCCCUCUCCCAUAACAAAGCCCUGCCCCCAAAAUCUCACUAUAACCUGAACUCAGAAGUUGGCAGCCCUGCCUGAAGUACUGAGACGACUGACUAGAUUCUAGCAACAGAUAUCUUAGAAAGCUGACAUCUAAAGCAAGGAAAUGUUCCUGUACAUUAUAGGUCUCAUAGUCUGCUUCUAUGUCUAUCGGUGGUUCAGAGAACUGGGACGAGUUCCCAAUAAAUCAGAGAAGUUUGUGUACAUCACAGGCUGUGACACCGGGUUUGGGAAUCUCUUGACCAAACACCUGGACACAAAGGGUUUCCGUGUCGUCGCUGGCUGCUACACGGAGAAGGGAGAAGUUGAGCUGAAGAAGUCCUGCUCUGACAAACUCACAACACUUAAUUUGGAUGUGACUGAUAAUUAUAGCAUAAAAAAAGCUGCAGAAACCAUUAAAACACUGGUGGGAGAGAAGGGUCUGUGGGCUGUGGUCAACAAUGCUGGGAUCUCCUUUCCAACUGCUCCCAAUGACUGGCUGGAAAUUGAGGAAUUCAAACAGAUGAUCAAUGUCAAUCUGAUUGGGGUUGUUGCUGUCACUCUGAGCGUGUUACCGCUCAUUAAGAAGGCCAAGGGCAGAGUGGUCAAUGUGGCCAGUGUGUUUGGAAGGAUCAGUACUGUGGGAGGAGCGUACUGCAUUACUAAGUAUGGAGUAGAGGCUUUUAAUGACAGUCUGAGGAGGAACAUGGCACCGUUUGGAGUGAAGGUUUUAUGCAUCGAACCCGGAUUCUUCAAAACAACUGUUACUGACUCUGCAAUCUUUGAGAGCCAUUUGCAGAGAUUAUGGAAUAAAUUGCCUCAGGAGGUCAAGGAUGAGUACGGCAGUGAUUACAUAGACAGAACAAAGGCAGUGGUUAAGGAGAAGCAUGAGAAGAUGCUGGAUUCAGAUCUGAUGAAGGUGGUCAGUUGUAUGGAGCAUGCAGUGGCUGCGGUCCAUCCUCGGACCAGAUAUUCUCCAGGCUGGGAUGCCAAGAUCUUCUGGCUGCCUCUCUCCUACAUGCCCACCUUCAUCUUGGAUGCUGUAGUCUUAAAAGAUGCUGUUAAUCCAAAAGUGUCAGUUCUGUAAGGAUAAACAGUCAGUUUUCUCUAUGCUGCUGUUAUGGAUGGAAUAAACCAUGUUUCCACUUUAAGGGGGAUAUAUGGUUAGUAAUGAGCAAAAAUAAAUAUUUUCUUAUUUGAACUAAAAUUUAAUUUAAACUCUAUUUAUCUCUAACUCUAAAAGCUAUUUUUCAAUGGCAUUUAGAUUGUAGAAAUAAAUUGAAUAUAUAUCAUCUUGACUUUAACAUCUUUAA